AUGAGGAUGGAUGAUGACCUCAUUCAGUCCCCAGGCAGAGACAAACUGGUGGUGAAGGAUGUCUGUUUCUUUGAAAAAAUGACAGACUUACAUAGAGUAGGCAAAUGGGUCAGGAAGAAAGGAGAUGCCUACAUUACUUCCACCCAGCACCGACAUUCUGAAUGGCUAAUAGAUAUUCAUCGUGACAUUGAUAAGGCCCUCAAGGGUGAUCAGUGGUCUAGAUUGCAUCCUAUGAGGAUGAACAUGGCAUCAUCACUGAAUCCCAGUGAGUCAUUCAGGAAGGUUAACCCCGACCUAGUCAGUGAUUCCCACCACUGUGCAUGGUGUCACGGAGCUCAGCUGUCCUCUUUCUCUCUGUCGACCUUCCUGGGGAACAUGAAUGCUGACAGCGUGGUGCACCACAAGCUCCCACACUCUGUGAGAGCCCGCUUCAUUCGCUUUGUGCCCUUGUGGUGGAACCCAAGUGGGAAGAUUGGCAUGAGGGUCGAGGUCUAUGGCUGCUCCUACAAAUCUGACAUUGCCAACUUUGACGGCCGGAGCUCGCUGCUGUACAGGUUCAGUCAGAAGCUGAUGAGCACUCUCAAAGACGUCAUCUCCCUCAAGUUCAAGAGCCUGCAUAGAGAUUGGGUCCUGUUCCAUGGAGAGGGUCAGCGCGGAGACCACAUCUCCCUGGAGCUCCAGAAAGGAAGGCUCGCCCUGCAUCUCAACUUGGAUGACAGUACGGCCAGGAUCUGCACCAGCCCACCUUCAGCCACCCUGGGCGGCCUCCUCGAUGACCAGCACUGGCACUCAGUCCUGAUUGAGCAGGUGGGAAAGCAGGUGAACUUCACCGUGGACAGGCACACGCAGCACUUCAGGUCCAAGGGUGCAGCAGACUCCUUGGACAUUGACUACCAGCUCAGUUUUGGAGGAAUUCCAGUACCAGGCAAACCUGGGACCUUUUUAAAGAAAAAUUUUCAUGGAUGUAUUGAAAAUCUCUACUAUGACGGAGUAAACAUAAUUGACCUGGCUAAGAGACGGAAGCAUCAAAUCCACACUGGCAAUAUCACGUUUUCCUGCUCUGAACCACCCAUCGUUCCCAUCACAUUUGUCAACUCCUGCAACAGUUACUUGCUCCUGCCCGGCACCCCACAAAUCGAUGGGCUCUCAGUGAGUUUCCAGUCUCGAACAUGGAAUGAGGAUGGGGUGCUUCUGUCCACGGAGCUGUCUGAGGGCUCAGGGACCCUGCUGCUGAGCCUGGAGGGCAGCAUCCUGAGGCUCCUCAUCCAGAAAACCACCCAGCAUGUCGCAGAGAUCCUCACAGGCAGCAAUCUGCAUGAUGGCUUGUGGCAUGUGGUCAGCCUCAGCGCCAGAAGGAACCGCGUCACUCUCACUGUCGAUAAUUACGCAGAAUCCACAGCUCAAGACACUACUCCGGUGCAGAUUUAUUCAGGAGGCAGCUACUACCUCAGAGGAUGCCCCGACCGUCUCACCGAGCCCCAAUGUCUCAGUCCCGUUAAGGCUUUCCAAGGCUGCAUGAGGCUCAUCUUCUUUGAUAACCAGCCCAAGGACCUCAUUUCAGUUCAGCAAGGUGCCCUGGGGAAUUUGAGUGGUUUACACACUGAUCUGUGCAGCAUCGAAGACAGGUGUUUGCCAAACUACUGUGAACAUGGAGGGAGCUGCUCCCAGUCCUGGUCCACCUUCCAUUGUAACUGCAGUGGCACGGGCUACAGUGGUGCUACCUGCCAUAACUCCAUCUAUGAGCAGUCCUGCGAGGUGUACAUGCAUCAAGGGAACACAGCCGGCUUCUUCCACAUCGACUCAGAUGGCAGCGGGCCCCUGGCACCUCUCCAAAUGUACUGCAAUAUCACAGAGGACGAGAUCAGGACAACAGUGCAGCACAACAAUGCAGAGCUGACACAUGUGCAGGGCUACAGCCAUGAGAAGUCCUACACUAUGACCUUGGACUACGGCGGCAGCAUGGAGCAGCUGGAGGCUCUGAUUGACAGCUCAGAGCACUGCAGGAGGUCUCACUGUAGGAGGUCUCACCUGGUCAACAUGGCAGAUGGAGCACCAUACAUCUGGUGGAUCGGGCGGUCCAAGGAGAAGUUUCCAUUCUGGGGAGGUUCCCCACCCACCUCCCAGCAGUGUGAAUGUGGCCUGGACAAAGGUUUCCUGGACAUCCCACACUUUUGCAACUGUGAUAUGGACAAGGACGAAUGGACGAAUUAUACUGGUUUGCUUUCCUUCAAAGAACAGUUGCCUGAUACUCAAAUAGUUAUCACUCAUACCAACAGAUCAAACUUAGACGCUGCUUGGAGAAUUGGUCCCUUGCGUUGCUAUGGAGAUCGACACUUGUGGAAUGCAGUCACAUUUGACACAGAAGGCUCUUUCCUCCACUUCCCUGCCUUCCAUGUGGAAUUCAGCGCCGACAUUUCCUUCUGCUUUAAAACCACGGCUUUUUCUGGAGUUUUCCUGGAAAAUCUUGGCAUGAAAGACUUCAUCCGACUUGAAAUGAGCUCCCCUAGUAAAUUGAUGUACUACUACAUCAUUACCACCUUCAUGAGCAACACCAUCAUAGUCAGUUACAUCAUCAUCCCCAUACCAGAGACUCCCAUCAUCACCACCACCAUUCUCACUGUCACUACCAAACUACAGCACCACCAUCACCUCUGUCACCCAGCCACCACCCUGAUGAUCACCACCAGUACAACCAUCAUUCUCAUUUCAGCCAUUAGUACUAUGACUGCCAUCUGGCUGGCUUCUGUGAUAUGCAACUUACUACAGAAAUGCAAAAGACAGAAAGGCUUCCAAGGAUGUAUCCGCUCCUUACAUAUGAAUGGGCAGAACCUGGACCUGGAGGAGAGGGCCAGGGGCACGUCUGGAGUCAGGCCCAGCUGCCCAGGCCACUGCAGCAGCUAUGGCAGCAUCUGUCACAACGGGGGCAGGUGUGUGGAGAAGCACAGUGGUUACCUAUGUGACUGCACCAGCUCACCGUAUGAAGGGGCCUUUUGCAGCAAAGAGGUUUCUGCUGUUUUUGAGGCUGGAACAUCAUCGGUUACUUACACAUUUCAAGAACCCUACGCUGUGACCAAGAACUUCAAUCUAUCAUCUUCAGCUAUUUAUGCAGAUGCAGCGCCAUCCAAGGAGAACAUUGCACUUACCUUCACGACAGGUCAGGCACCCAGCCUCUUGCUCUUCAUUAAUUAUUCUUCUCAGGACUUCCUGGCUGCUCUUCUCUACAAGAAUGGAAGCUUACAGGUUCGCUAUCAGUUGAGCAAGGAAGACACCCACGUAUUCACCAUUGAUACAGAGAACUUUGCUAAUGGAAAGAUGCAUCACUUGAAGAUAAACCGAGAGGGGAGGGAGCUUACCAUGCAGGUGGACCAGCUCAGCUGUAACUUCUCCCUGGAAACCAAGCUUAGGUCGGCCAGGUCCUUGACCCUGGGCAAAGUCACAGAGAGUCUUGUCCUGGAUUCUGAAGUCAUUAAAGCAAACAGCUUGGGUUUCCUCGGAUGCCUGUCUUCAGUCCAGUAUAACCACGUAGCACCAUUGAAGGCAGCCCUGCGUCACGCCACCACUGCACCUGUGACCAUCCAAGGGACCUUGGCAGAAGCCAGCUGUGGCUCCAUGGUGGAUUCAACUGCCAAUGCAGUGACCACUGAGCAUUCUUCAUCAGAUCCUUUUGAGAAGGCAGAUGAGCGGGAACCACUCACUAGUGCAGUUCGAAGUGUUUCAGCCAUCUUCAGAGGGGUCAUAGCACUGGUGAUAUUCGUCACCGCCUGCAGCAUAAGUGUCACGAUCUGCUUCCUGUACCAGCACCAGCAGUCCCUUCGCACAAGCCAGAUGAAGAACGAAUACCCUGAAGAUCUGGCCAGCGCCUUCAGAAACGAGAUUGACUUACAGGACACAGCGAAUGAGCGUAAACACGAGCAUUUCAUCUGA